AUGUUUACGAAGAUAAUAAAUGCUCAUUCUCGUUUUGUUUAUUCAUUUAGCAUUCAUAGGACCAUGAAUGCGCAACAUUUGAUGACUGUUUUGGUUGUGCUGUGUACGUUUGCUUCGGGUCAGGGCAGCUUCUUCCAAAAUGAGACUGACCUGGUUGACGCAAUGGUUAGCGCUGUGAUGGGAUGCAAGAACAUUCCAGGAAUGAGUGUGUCGAUGGUUCGGGGAGGAGAUUUUUUCGCUAAAGGCUAUGGUCACGCUCGCUUGGAUCCGCCUCUCAAUUGGACCUCCCAGACUCCUGCCUACCUCGCAUCCGUGGGUAAAGCCUUCACUUCCGCCUUAUUGGGUGUUCUUAUGACCGAAACCAGGAAUACGGCAAACAGCUUUAAUUGGGACACCAAACUGUCCUCCAUAUUCGGAGAUGACUUCAGACUGACUAAUGAUUACCUGCGUACUGAAAUGACAAUCAAAGACCUGUUGAGCCAUCGUACUGGACUCAGUGAUACUGACGUGUACACAGGCAUCCAGAGGAUAGGUCGUGCAGAAUUUGUCAAGAGGCUUCAGUAUUUGCCUACACUCUCUCCAUUCCGAGAGCAAUGGAUAUUCAACAAUCUCCUUUACGCCAUAGCAGGCCAUGUCGGAGAAAAGCGAACUGGCCAAGGAUAUGAAAGCCUUGUAAACAGUAAGAUUGUGGCAGCUUUAGGGAUGAGUCAGGCGUCUUGUGGAACGGAAAUAUACCCAACAAGCUCCCAGACCAACUACGCACUUCCAUACCAUUUUAAGAACGGGAAGUUGGAGGUUGGAGAUUCUCGUAUAUACAAGAUAGGGGACGUCGGGCCGGCCGGUUGUGUAUCUGCUUCAGCAGAAGAUCUCGGGAAAUGGGUCCAAUUCAUGGCUUCCGGUGGAAAGACAGCGAACCAGACUCAGCUCAUCCAUCCCGAUUUGUUCAAAGAGAUCACCAAAGCUCAGAGGCUGCUCGACGAAUCGUCAGUGAGCAGGUUCACUUUGGACAGUGAUUACCCCGUCAGUGCCUCGGGAACCUGGUACGGUCUUGGCUGGUAUGGCGGAUACUACAGAGGUCACAAACGUCUCCUACAUCCGGGAAAUUGGUACGGGUAUUCAGCGGUCGUUGGAUUUUUCCCGGAUAAAAAUGCAGGGUUUUCGAUCUCCAUUAACGGUCCGUGGUACAAUGAUUACCGUACCUAUCUGGCACCCCUCUCCUACGUCCUGUCCGACAUCAUUCUCGGAGAGAGCCAAUGGCUGGAUAACAACACCAUCUGUAGUUUUCCUGCUCCGUAUAAAAAUCCAUCGUCUAUUGUGCCACUUAACAGGAGUAUGCCUCGUGAUGAAACCAUACCAAUCGAAACCCCAAAGUAUGUUGGGAUUUACGAAAGCCGUGUUUUCGGAACUAUGACCAUUGGACAGAUAAAUGGCCAGAUCCUUACGUUUCAGAUGAAUUCUGCCGGAAUCGGCAAUCUUUCCAUUAUAUCACGGGCCGACGGAUCAUUCCGGAUGAUCUUUAAUGAACUCUUGAACGACGUUGUGGGUUCGGAUUGUAGUUUGCAGUUUGGGUCGUUCAACAAUGAGAGCUACCAAUCGGUCAAGGUUGCAUCCAACUGCUUUUAUACAACUUAUGAGUACAAAAAGGGAGUGGAAUUCGAAGAAUUGGAGGACAAAUCUGCAGCAGUACCACUUUCAAAGUGGUCUGCCCUUGGAGUCUGUCUGUUUGUCGCAAUUUCGUUGAUGCGCACAUGAGAACUUGACUGUCACUAUAGUGUGUUCAUUUUUUGUAUCCGAACAAAUUAAAUAUCAUUUUUACUCGUUUAAAAGAUUAAGAUAAGGACAAUUCCUCCAUACAAUAAUGUACUAAAUGUACACUGUACUAAAAAGAAUUAAUACGAGGCACAGGAAUUUAUUUUUCAGAAACAAAAUUUAAAUUAACUGUAUACAUUGUUCUCAAUUUUACUUUUUUCGUGUGUUCCUUUUUUGGACAAGUAAAGAUUGGUGUUGAAAUCAUUAUAAUUUCAAUCUAUUAAAAUUGAUAUUUCUUCUGGAUGGUUUUAAAUUAGAAACAAGCAUUUUAGAAUUAAAAGCUUUCUUACCUAUUCUUGUUUUGAGAUAAUUUAUGAAUGCUACUUACAUAUA